AGGAAGGGGGGGAGUCGGUGAAGCCUGCAAACCCUAGGCUCCUGCUUUGCAUAAAAGCAGAGGUGUGUGCCUGCCACAACAGAUCUGUGCAGGGAUUACCCAGCUGAGUGCCUGGGCAAGUUCCUGCAGCUCACGGCUUAGGCCACGGGCACUCAUCUCGCUGUCAGUGCGAACUGGAACGUGGGCAGUGCUCUUUGCAAACUUAAUCAGCAAGAAGGCCACCUCUCAGCACCCUCCUCCCCUCCGAGCACCACCCCCUGAAGACAAACCCUCAGAAGCAGGACCUCUCCUCAUCCUAGCACACUUCCCUUGCCCAGGAACAAGCAAGCAACAAGCGCUGUGCUGACACCCGAAGCCUUUUAGUGCUGUUUGUGCUUAGAUUCCCCUCAGCCAGCUCACAGCAGCCUAAGGGGAAAGGAAAAAAAAAAAAAUCGGUGCAGACAGCUGGUGCUUGGGUUGGGCCUCAGCCGUGUGGCCUGAGGGGGGGGGCUUAGUUUCCAGACAAGGACACCAGGCUGCCUGGGGCUGCUGCUGGAGGUGUACAGCAGGGCCCACGCCGCCCCCAGGAGCCGAGCCCACGGGGGGCAGCACCGAGGGAGCGAUGUGGGCAGCGGGGGCACGGCAGCCAGGCCUGGUGCUGGCGGCCCUGGCAGCGCUGGGCCUGGCCCUGGAGGUGCUGGUGGCCCGGAGGCGGCGGCCGGUCCGCGAGGUGCUCUUCUUCCCCUCGAGGCCCAGCUGCACCGAGGCGCUGCUGGCCGAGGCGGCGAGCCCCGACGACACGCCGGGCCCCUGCCCGUGCCCGCUGCCUCGCGGGGACUGCGCCUUCAGCCGCCUGCUGCGGCACCUCCUGUCCGCCCGCCGCUCCCUCGAGCUCUGCCUCUUCGCCUUCUCCAGCCCGCAGCUGGGCCGUGCCGUCCGCCUCCUGCACCGCCGCGGCGUCCGGGUCCGUGUGGUGACGGACGCGCAGUACAUGGCGCUGAAGGGCUCGCAGAUCGGCCUCCUCCGGCACGCCGGGAUCCAGGUCCGCCACGACCAGGAGAGUGGCUUCAUGCAUCACAAGUUCGCCAUCGUGGACAGGAAGAUGCUCAUCACGGGCUCCCUCAACUGGACCACAGAGGCGAUCCAGAACAACCGGGAGAACAUCCUGAUCAUGGAGGACGCGGAGUAUGUGCAGCCUUUCCUGGAGGAGUUCGAAAGGAUUUGGGAAAUAUACGAUCCCCUCAAGUACAUGUUUUUUUCCAAAGAAAAUAAAUGAUUAAGCUGCUUCCCCGAGCUGGAGGAGUAUUGAGCAGAUGGCAUUCAGGGGUUUAUUGUGUAUAGACAUCAUUGUAUCCCCUGUCUGGUUGUAAUUUAGUUAAGCCCCUCCAGAACUGAAGUGCUCUCUACCCUAAAGUGCCACAGGUCCCUUGUGUGCUACGUUAGCAGGAGUGACCCAGCUGAUCGGUGAGUUGUUCUGUGAGGAGAGCUGCAACGGGGCUCAGUUCAUAGAGCUUAAAGCUUCAAACAGGCUCAGUGCUAUGCCCCUGGGCAGGUGAGAUGGCAUUUGUACCGUGCUGGGGACCUGAGCGGUGAGAUGGGUGUUUUUCAACUCGUGAUGCUGCAGGAUGGAGUUUUACCAGUUUUACCCCAACAGCUCCCCUGUGUCGGUAACUGAAGGAAGGGUCUAGAGGGCUGUAGCAAAGCUGGGGCUUGUACAGGGAGAGUAAGCACCUCAGUUGCAUUUCUUUUGUUGGCAUUAAUUGUUGAAAGUUUGUGAAGGGAAAUCUGGGAAAUAGGAAGUUUUGAUUGUGUAUGUGUUUCCUCUGGUUUAAGAUAGUAGAGUUCCUGUGUAAAUGUGUGAGAACAGACACCAAGGCCAGCUCAUCUUCCAGCAAGCAAGGAGUCUCUGGAACAAACAGAGAGAAACUGCUUUGCGGGAGCAGUCGGUCUUGUCCUAAAAGCAAACACGGCUGCAGGUGGGUCACCGACUUCAGAGAGGAGAGGUGGAGGGAAGCCCCGUUCAUGCAGGUGGCAGGACACAGUGUUCUGGUCUGGUUUGGUGACUGUGGCCACCGGUGUUGGCAGCAGUAGGGCAGGGGAUGAGGAGGGAGCAGCGAGAGGAAGGCGAGGUGAUCCCUGGGGAUAGCAGGGCCAGGUCAGAGUGCUGCUGAGACCACCACGUGUCUGCGCAGCAGGCAUCCACAGCGGGGCUGGGGUGGCGGUGAUUUUCUUCUGGGACUGGCCAGCUUCUCGUUAACUUUUCUAUUUUAUCUCUAGCGCAUAAAACGAAUAGAUUAUUCUCAGUCAGCAUAACUUGCACCUUUAUGUAGUCUUCGGUUCCCAUUGCAUUUAGAGCUUUGCUGUCACUGCCCGGGAGACGAGCCAAGGGCAGGUUGGGGAGGAUGCUCGCUGCGCCCUUGCCAGCAGAGGGAGCAGAACAUCAGAUGUCUGCUGGGGAUGAGGCGGCUCCCUGCUCCUGGCCGCCGAGUUGUAGAGACAAUUUGUAGAGAGAGGGUUUGUCUUUUGUUAGACCAUUGAAAGUGGUGGGGAAAAAAUGUCUAUGACCAUCCAAACCUGAAACAUCUCUGUUUUAAUCUGACUGUAUUAGCUGGUCUAGUAAGAGAUUAAACUGCUCCCUACAAAUCCUGCCAGUCUAAACAUACUGUCUCAGCUUGAGGAAUCUCCCUCCCUAGAAUUUAAGGGGGAACAAAGGUGGAUGGAAACUUGGGAUAAAUUUCCAAACUCUGAGUAUUCAACUGCCUGUGUAAGAACUACUUUAUACGGAACACAAAGUGAUUUGAAAUCUCUCAAAAUGAAAAAGGGUCUAUAACCUUCUAUUAUCAGUAUUGCGGGAUACAGUAGUGCUGUGACUAGCAGUCUUAAAUAUGCCAUUCUCUCACACAGGGUCAACAUCAUCUUGAUUUUAUUUUAUUUUUUUGUACUCCAGUUCUUGUGGGUUGGUUGGUUCAAAGAGUCAAAUAAUUGAAAAUUCCAGAAGAUCUUUAUGUGUUAUUUAGGGUAUGUGGAAUAAGAGCUACAGAUUACAGAUUUGCUCUGCUCUGUUUGAGAAAGUAGGCAUGGUUCUGGGGAAAAAUCCAUGUGUUGCUAUUAUCUGUGAUGUAACAGCUAGGAAGAAGCUGAGAAAGUUCAUUCUGUAGAAAAUCCAGUUCAGCAGUGUUAUAUUUAUGCUAUUUUAAACAUUUUAUUGUUAUUCAAAUGAUACCUGUUGCAUUUUGUUUGUGAAGUAUGACUAUAAAAGCAAACAGCGUUCUCAAGCUCUGUCCUCUGCUUCUUUCUUUCUGUAGCAGUGUCCUUGUUGAAACAAACACCUCAUGACAUAGCAUGCAAAGGGUGGUGCAAAAAUAGUUUAUUACGAUAUAGUUUAUAUAAAGUUAGGUAAUUAUAUUUACAAAAUUAAAAUGAUCAGCUACAUCCAUGGGCACCUAGCAUGACACACGAGAUUUUUGUCAGGAAUAAAUACAGUGACCAAAAAAAGUGACGUUUCUAUUACAGUGAACAGUUACCAGGAGCAGUGGCUCUUAAACAAGCAAUGAAAUAAACUGGAGUGGAAGAGAGGAGGGAAGCAGAGAGGGACUCAAGCACACUGAGAAACAGGAGCCUCAAGCACACACCCCCACCCUGUAGCAGAGGGAAAUUAAUCGCGUGCGAUGUCUCAUUUCCUGGAUGGAUCUCAUGCAAGAAACGCCCCUGGAGAGAGGCCCUUCGGACCUGCAGAUGGAUGGGGCUUCAGCACAGCCGUGCUUCCCUGCCUCCAGCCACCCUCUGUGACCAUUGCUGGCCUUGAGCCGCGGGGUUUUCCAGCAGCAGUGCGGCUGCAGCGGCCCCAACUGCACGGGCGCUUCUUGCGUGCUCCAGGGCCGCUGCUGCUGCUCAGCUGAACGCAGGUUGGAGGCGGCGAGCUGGCUGCUGCGCCUGGAAAACGUACGUUGCGCUCAGCUCCUGCUUUUGGGGCCACAACCCCUUUUUGUCAUUUCCAGGAGAAGAGCAGAGUAUCCCGAGUGCAAGCAGUGGAGCACGUGCAAGUGGUGUGUGCGUGUGUUAACCCAGGCGUCCCCUCUGGCUGCGGUUGGGUGGCUGAAGGUGUGCUGGAACACAGCUGAGGCCAGCCUUCACUUCUGAUCAGGUCAGUGGAAGGACUGACCGCUAGUACUGACCAUGAACGACCACUGCCAGUUCUGUUACCACCCAAAGACUUGCAGCAUCCCCUUCUCUUUGCCUAAAACUUUAUCCCUCCAAAUAAACGAUUCCUUAAAAUCAGGAGACAUCCAGAACGCCAGGUCCCAGGAGGUGCACGUGGGUCAAAGACCAAGCGCUCUUAUCUAUCGCCUACCUACCAUCACCUUUAGUAUUUACGACAUACUUUGCUCUCUCUAGUUUAGAACAAAGAGUUAGUGUUCUCCUCACAUCCUGCACACAAUCAGUGUGCGAAGAAAGCAGGAAGAAUGAGAAAAUAAUUGUUUGUAAUUGCACUAAUUAUUCACCAGUUCAUGGCCAGCUGGCUUAGCUCGGGUCGCUACCAACUUGACUGGCUUAUCAGGUUUCUGCGAGCAGCUCCCACACCCUGGGUUUCUUUCAGUAGUCUCAAAGUGCAGGCUGCAGCGGGGCGAGCCACCCCACCCUUCCCAGUCCCCGCUCUGCAACCACACUUCUGCAUCCCCGGGUCAGAAAAGGUUUGUGCUCCGUGGGAACUCAGUUUUACUUAAAAUCGCAUUCAGCAUUUAAGCAUUCUGCUUGAAAUUGCUGCAAGAUAGCGUGCGCUUCCAGCCCGUUGCAGGCCGUGUGUCUGCACAGGGGUAAGUGGGGGUCUGUCCACCCCUUGCAAAGCCCACGCCGCCUCACCGAGCACCCAGAAAACAGCACCAGUGCCUUAACGCACGCGCUGCAAAGUCCUCGGGCUGCGCCGCACGGCACUCACUGCUCCUCCAGCUGGCCCCUGGCACACGCACGGUGUUAAUGCCACCAUCAAAUACAAGAUUAGCGAGUUCUCUGAAUGGAAAAAAAAAGUUUAUAGCACAGGAAGGUUACAGGUCUCAAACAGGCUGUACACAUUCUUUGGACACGUAUCGUCAAAACUGAAGGUAUAGAUCAGCAGAAAACGUCGGAAAAGAUAUUUAUAACAGUCAUCAGAAGCAAACAGUCUCUCCGGGCAGGCAGGGUGGGGUGGCCACAUCGCACCCAGCGCGCCUCUUCCAGCCCCCCAGCGGGACGGCGGUGUUAGAACAAGAGUUAAAAACCAAAACCACGACGUAGUCACAAAAAGAGAACCCUCCACUAAUUUCUGAGUAAUAAAUAUUUACAUGGCGUGCUUGGAAUACUAUACAGGUUUUAAAUUACUUCUGUUUAAAAGAGAAUAACAAAGUUUUUUUUAAAAAAAAUUGAAAAGGUUGCAGAGGAAAGGCAAGCUACGCUGAGCGUGCAUGAGCUUGAGUGUUCACAACAAACUACGUCCUGCACCUGAGCCACGAAAAAAUGCAGCAGUCUGGUGGCAGUCCAGUCAAAUACAGAGCUGGCACAAACAUGACACGGUGUUACAGGCGGGAGGGGACACUACUAACGCAUUCCAGUCACCCUCUGUUACCGAAAGCAAACAGACUUUUUUUUCUGGUUUGCAAAGCCACGCACUAUUCUAGUUUCAAAGGAACACAAUUUGCGAAUUUUAUAUGUGGGCAAAGGAAAGGUCACAUAGAAAAAGACUGUUUUGGGGAAGACGGUGCAAAGGGUAGGAAAAUUUUUCGCAAAAAGGGAAAGAAAAAAGCCUUGUAGCCAGUUUUUGCUGCACUUGACUUUUCCUAGCCCUCACACUUGGGAACUAUGAGCAGUGUAGCGUUGUGCAAAAGGCAGCAGCGGCUUGCACAGCGUGUGUUGCACUGCGGGUGCAAGCGGGGAGCGCGCCCUCGCCUCGCCUUCCUCCCCUCGCCGCCCCCUGUUCUCAUUUACGUGGCCACUGAUUUACUUUGGAGGAUGGAUGAAGCCUGGAGCGGGAAGAAAUAGGAUAACUAAGGAAUGUUGCUAUCAGCAAAACAAUCUUUCCUGCCUUUUUUUUUUUUUUUCUUUUCAGUAAAGCACUGCUCUCUGCAGAAAUAACCCCGUUUUCGGCUCUUCUUGGUGCUGCCGGUCCUCUCUCUUUCGUUAAUGGGAAGGCAGGUAACGAACUGCCCCCUGCUUCGGAGAGAUGCUUUGGCAGUUGCCACAUAGCAAGUAAAGACCGACGCCUGGAGCACAGCCUGCAGCAGCCAGUCAGAACCACUGUCUGCAUGCAUUCUUCCUCCUCCUCCUGCUCUUCCUCCUCCUCCCCUUCCUCUUCGUCUUCUCCGUGACCUCCACAGCUCACAGCUCCCACCACAAGCACUUGUACACAGCGUUCCCAUCCCCUGAAGUGCUGUCCCGGAGGGCAAAGUGGAUCCCGAGGACACCACGAGGCCACUUCUCAGCCUCUGACCCGCCAGCCCUCACAGCAUUUUCCUUUAUUUUGUUUUUAUUUUAUUAUUUAUUUUUUUUAAACUCUCCAGUGGCAGACGGCUGCUCCUGAAAGGUACAGCAUCGAAGCCCACCACCAGUAUGUUCAUAAAAGAGCCUUUUGCUUAGUGAUAAAUAUUUUAAAGCCACAAAGUUAAGCAAUAAAACUAAUUGAUUUGGCUUGUUAGGCAUUGCUAAAAGCACAACAAGAGUUGCCAGAGGCUGGUGCCUCCCUUCCCUCCGUCACACGGCGUUCCCACUGCAGUCCUCCUGCCACCUAACACUGUUUUUUUUCUGGCCAUCACUGUUACUUAGUGCCAGCUGUUUUCUCAGUGAACCUGCUGCCUAUUUUGAUUUUAGCAGCCACUUGAAGGCCCAGAGAAGCUGGCCAACAUGCAUUAAAUAAAGGCUCCCCAAUAUCAAGCCUCUGGCCCGCUGAGCCCGCAGGGUCUGAUCCUGCUCACACAGCAAACCCCAACUGCAAUCCUUUAACAGCCGAUGCCGGGAGCCCGUAACAGGGGGUGAUGAGAGCACUGACAUCUGAACCAGGUAAAAGCAAACCAGAGGAAGGAGGGAAAAACCUCCAGCCUCGUUCCUGCCAACGCCAGCUCCCCUGCCAGCGCCCCAUCGGCGAGAAGCCCAGCGCCGUGCGCGUUGCCCAGGGCACAGCGCUGAGCCGUGGCCCGGACGUCACCGAGGACGCCUCGCUCAGCAGCUGUGCGCCUAUGCAGCGAAGGAGAAAGGGCCGGACGAGGCUUCUCUUCACAGCUAUUCCUGGGUGACUUCCCCCCCGAACUUCCGAAUGUUUUUAUGUGUGUAUAAAAAGGAAGAACGCCUCUUAACCUCUCUACGCGGAGCAAUUCAGCUUGCACGGCCACCGCAUCACAUUCUGCCUUCCCGCAGCCCUCUGCCCAAGUGCUUCCACCUUGCAGCACCUUUUUGCCCCCCCAUCACCCAUUUUUUUUCCAAAUCAUAUCAAUGCGUUUACAUACGCUGAGCCAAAAGCCGGGGACGGUCCCCACUUUCCAUCAGUCUCCCCACACUGACCACCAGCCCUUCUGCCCGGCCACGCUCUGGGUCACAUCAGCUGCGCCGCAUUUCCAAACCAUUCUCUACGUUCAGAAAUAAGGAUCGAAGCAGCGAAGCAAGUAAAUGCUCUUCCUCAGCUCAAUACCUAUUCCUGGGCAGGAUGCUAAGCUGCAAGAGAGGAUUUCUGGGUGUGAUCAGGUGCGCAGCAGAAAGCGACCCUCCUUGGGGAGUCUCAAGGUGCUCAGUGGCAUGAACUUGUGUCAGAAAGGGUCCAUCCUGCGUCCUCCACACCACCGGCAGGCAAAUGCAGCUGGAUAGCAAGGUACAUAACUUCUAGUCCUCACGGUUAAAAUAAUGAAGCCAGCAAAGUAAGAUUUUCGAGGGAACACAAGAACGGUCAGAGUCCACGUGGUGAGAUGGAGACCAGCACGUUCUGCUCGGUUGGCUGAGAAGGACAAAGUCCCACCACACUUCUUGAGAGAAGAGGAGGAGGAGGAGGAGGAGGCGUGCGGCCUCCUGCAUCCAGCACAGCCUUGGAAGGGAAGAGCAGUGACAGCGAUGAGGCCGUGCACCAUCCUUGUUCCACGUCCCAGGAGAUCAGAGGGCACAAAAGCAACCCGAGAGCAGAGCACAACCCAAACAAACCUGGGGCAGCCAGGGAUGAAAUCCAAAGGUUGUCUCUGCCGAGAGCUGGACAAGUGACAUUGGAAAGGAGCCGGAGAGGCACCUCGGCCAGGCAACCAUCUCCUGACACGGGCAGGAAGGUAUAUAAAAUGUAUAAAAUACAGUGGGUAGUCACCUUCCCACCAAGCCACAGCCUGAUUUCAGAUGAACCUGGACCACAGCACUGACAUCUCUGCUGGUCCUGCAAGGCAGGUGGCAGUGUCCCUGGUUUAGCUCGAAGACUGCUCGUAACUGCUGGUGGCUGCCACUGAGGUGUCAGGCUCCAAGCUGCUGUGGGCACGGGGACCCAUCACGCACCCUUCACCCAACUGUGGGGUUGUGCUGGGGGAUCAGACCUCUCCCUGCAGUUAAGUGCAAGAUGCUGACAGAGAGAGUAAAAAAAACCAAAUGUGCACGACUGAUGACAAAGCCGCUCUUCCAGAUGUGGACUUUGAAGCCCACUGGACGCACCCUUGAACAGGAGAAAGGUGAAUUUGGGAAGGGUGCAACUGUGGAGGGCUGCACCGGUCACCUCAGCUGGAAGGGAAGCAGGAUAACCCCUGCCAUGUCUACAAAAAGCCAUGGCUACACUUUACCGACAUGAAUGGCUUUACCAACAGUCCAUGCUGUAAGUGGCCAUUGGCUAGCUCAGCGUGGUGUGCCCAGGAUAGCACUGCGGUGACCACUUCCACACUGGGGCUCCAUCACUUGCACUCCCAUCGUGCUGAGAAGCUGAUGACGAGUAGCCUUGAGUGCUUUGGCCAUGCUCCUCGAUGGUGGGCCAGGAGGGCGACGUCAGGCUGAUGGGUGAGAGCAAAAGAGAAGCGUUGAGACGCCUGGGAGUAGCUGAUGGCCGGUGACCAGAGAGGAGGUUCAGGUGGGUCCUGCCUGGGAUGGCUCCUGGCUGGCAAGGACAUGGAGCUGCCCUGACACAAGGCUGCCAAGGCUCCUCCGAUGCUCAGAUGCUGGAGAACACUACAGCGAGCUCAGGUUAGGGUGAGUGGCUGCACACCAGAACGUCAGAGAGGGCCUGCAGAAGAUGGAACAGCCUUCAUAUCGAGCAGUUGAGGGUCCCUCCUGCCCUGCUCCUGUCUCCAGGACGUCCACACGCGCCCAGGCAAGGAGUUACAGAGCGUCACAGCAGCAGAGCAUCCCCAUACGGACCUGCCCUCUGCACUGUGCUGGUGGCACCGCUGGGGCCCGCAGUGCACCCAGGGCCGGCAGCGAGAGCUUUCGCCUCACACUCGGACUUCUCAUCUGGCCAGAGCUGUGCCCUUAGGGAACCUGAACUAGCCACAAAAGCACACAGACCUGCCUGCUUCACCCCUGGGUGAAGCGCACAGAAGUCAAUAGGAAGCUCGGUUCCACCUCAAAAAUAUCUGAAAGUCGACGUGAUGCAGGUUGCUUGGCAGCCACGUUGGGCUGGGGAGUGAUGGAGCGAUGCUUCAGCCCUGCUCCCAGCUGGGUGGCAGGACUGGGGGGGGUCUCCAUGGAUAUCUCAGAGGUCUUUUCCAUCCUAAACGAUUCUAUGGCUGUAAGCACGCCGAGAUGCUCUGCUCACCCAGCACGAAGCCACCGUGAUGUGGGUUGGCUGUGUGUGGCCUCUAGCGCUACCAGCUCUCUCCACUCAGCGAGCACCCAUUUACUGGCCUCGUGGUGCUAAAUUGUCUGCUCUAAACACAAAAGCUGUUGUGACUGAGAAGGUCUGAAGCACAUACUGGUUUUGAGAUUUUUAUUUCAGGAAAAGAUUAAGGAAUUAAAAUAGGAGCUGCCCUGCUGACAAGAAGAGUUGAAUUCAAGAAGCCGAUAAAAAAGGAGCAUUAUAUGCAUUGAGCACUGUGCAUUUUCAGUCAAUAUUGGCUCUACUUUCUACUCUACUUUCCUUUGACUUGGAAAAGGGAGUUUCACAUGCGCACAGACCCUAGGAUACACGGGACUCAACGAGAGGAAGGGAGUAACAGCAAAAAACAGAGAGUGCUGGGCUUGAUCGAGGGGAGGCAAGAAAGUGAUCUCGCGGCUCAGCCCCAGGAACGCCUCCCUCCCACCGCGCGCCACCGGCGAGGGGGGGCCGAGGCCGAGGGGCCGCCGUCACGGUGCCCGUGAGCAGCUCCCUACCCAAAACCACCUGCCGAGGCACCGCAGCUCGCCGGGCUCCGGCAUCGCCGCCGUCACGGCACGGCCGGGGGCAGGAGUCACUUCUCCAUCCUCUCCCGGCCUGGCGUCAGCAUGGCUCCUGCAGGCCGCUCGUGCCCCCCCGGCGGCGUCCCACAGGCUUCCCCCCCACACCCCCUUGUAGGUGCAAGUGAUGCAGUCGAGAUCAACGGCUGAUUAGGCUCCCGGUGUGCUCUGAGCACUGGGUCUCUUGACAGCAGUAAGAGCGUGGGCUGGCCCGUGCCACCCUGCCCUGCGCGCAUACCAAGACGUUGGUACGACGGAGCUAGCUUAUUCACAGGCUACUGAGCCUUAAUACUGACACUUAGUGUAAUGGUUUACAGUAAAGGAAGGAUUCUCCUACAAAGCGCCGAAGAGGGGG